AUGGUAAGGGAUGAUCGACUCAACAGCAGUGAAACCAACAGCUUCGGUUUCCAUUUUAUACCCUAUAUAACUACGUUAUUACUUUGCGAAGAGAUCAACCAGGAUGAAUCAUUUAAUUUGGAAUAUCGCGGACCAGUUGUCAUGAAAGGUAAACCGACACCGAUGAAUUGUUGGUUUCUUACGCGCAAUACAACAACAGCAACAGCUGGUGGCAGUACUGGCGGUGGUAGUACCAGUGGGGCUGCCGAUUCACCAUUGCCACCGCCAACACCAACAAUAGCACCGCCAGCAUCGGCAAUGCCAUUCUCAGAACAGCAGCAACAACCUCCUACACCAGCUGUGCGCACACAUGCAACAACUGCACGUAAAGCUUCCAAUACCAGCACAACAUCAGAGCCAUCAUCGUCCUCAUCACCCUCGGCAACAGUAUCGGCAUCAGCUUCUGUUUUGGAUGGCGUUGAACAUGCAAAUACCCCAGCAGCAACAACAACACAAACAACGGAAACAUAG